UACUUAUAUAUAAUAUAUUUAUAUGUGUUGGUGUAUAGUUUGAUGGAUAGUGAAAAGAGGUAGCUAGUACCGGAGUAGACAGAAGUUUCGGCUAGUGUUUUUUAUAUUCCUUCUUCCUGUGUAUCCCUUAUAUUAAUCAUCGACAAAAGUCCAGAUAAGACGUCGUUAAAUUUCAGUACGUCAGUGUUGUGCGUCGUUAACGCUGAGACGCGCCCUCCACUGACCUUGAAACACUAUUAAAACUAAACUUAAAUAUAAUACAAACACAUUAAAGUCACAACUAGUCCAGUGUGAAUUCAUGUUAUAGCAGUAGCAGUAGCUGAAAAUAAUAGUCUAAAAUAACAUCCACUUAAGACAACUCGCUCUACCUCAAAGGCGCUUGAAUUAACUCUAUUUAUUUUUGAUAAUUUAUUGUCAAAUCACUGAUUUUUUGGUUAUAUUUAUUGAGGCUGAUACUCAGGUGAUAAAAUGGCUAAGAAGACAUACGAUUUGUUGUUCAAAUUGCUGUUAAUCGGCGACUCAGGGGUUGGAAAAACUUGUAUUCUUUUCAGAUUUUCGGAUGACGCGUUUUCAACAACUUUUAUUUCUACAAUAGGGAUCGAUUUCAAGAUAAAAACUGUCGAACUGAGAGGCAAAAAAAUAAAAUUACAGAUAUGGGACACUGCUGGUCAAGAGCGUUUCCAUACUAUCACUACUUCUUACUACCGAGGAGCUAUGGGCAUAAUGCUCGUUUAUGACAUAACUAAUGAAAAAACAUUUGAGAAUAUUGUCAAGUGGCUCAGGAAUAUUGAUGAACAUGCUAAUGAGGAUGUAGAAAAAAUGAUAUUGGGCAAUAAAAGUGAUGUGGAAGACCGGCGUGUUGUCAGCACAGAAAAAGGAGAAGCAAUUGCCAGAGAGCAUGGAAUCAGAUUUAUGGAAACCUCAGCAAAGGCAGACAUAAAUAUUGACCGCGCGUUCAGUGAAUUGGCAGAAGCUAUCUUGGACAAAACUCACGGGAAAGAACCUCAAGAUGCUCCUGAUCGCGUGACAGUCGAUCGCAGGGUAGAAAGAAGUUCGAAUCGGUGCUGCUAAUUACAAUUUUUUACUAUUUAUUAUUUAUUAUAAACAGCGUAUAAUAUUUAUAAUAAUAAACUCAUAUAUAAACUCGUGCCAGUUUAGAUUUGUGAUUAUAGGCUUAAUGCAUAUCGUGUCAUUUUGAGUUGCAUCACGUUUUUUUUUUUUGCAUCAAUGUUAGUAAUAUUAAAAUUUUUUGUUUUUAUUAUCACUGCCCAAGUUAGUUACAAAAAUUUUUUUUUUACAAUUCAUAAUGCCAACGCUCAUCACUUCAUCAAUAUUAUACAAUUGGCUAUAAAUUUGAUGGGAUUUUUUUUUACAAUAAAUUGCUUAAUUAUAUUUAGUGAAAAAAAAAAGUUAAAAUCAAAGUAUGCAAAAAAUGUAAUCCCACAAUUAAGAUAUAACUAAGUGUAAUUGAAGAAAUGUAUCAUCUAGUCUCAUCCUUUUUACUUACGCAAGAUAAAGGCAAUAAUAAAAAAAAUGAAUAAAUAAAAUAAAAUAAAAAAACGACAGCGUCUGAGGUGCCUAUUAUUAUAUUGUAUACGUGUCUCUUGUACGUGCACAAACAUUUAAGUCUGGAAGUAUGUUUUUUUCCAUAUACUCACGAUAAAAAACAAUCAAGUACUCUAAAAUAAAAACACAAAAGUUCA